AUGCAAGCAGCCAACAUCUCCUUCGCCAGCCUAGGCUUGGUGGUUCUUGACGAGAUCCGAUUUCCUAAUCGAACACCCUUGACUAACAUACUUGGAGGUUCUGGCACUUAUGCCAAGGACUUCAAAUAUACGACUCCCGUGCUCGCAGUCCAAGAGAACAGCUUGAAGCACACAAAUCUUCUAGCUUCAAGGUCAUUCCAUUAUCUAGCUAGCCCCGAGGAUCUCCACGUCCGAGUAUCUACGCUUCUUGCCCUGCGGGCAGAGGCAGGCAUCCAUGAACGGCCUCUGAUAAUUUGGGAACCGGCUCCUCUUUCAUGCCGGCCAGAGAACCUCGAAGGAUGCCUGGAAGCUGCAACUUUGGUAGAUGUCCUUUCUCCCAAUCAUCUAGAGCUGGCCAAACUGUUCUCUGAACCGCAAUCAGAUGUGAUUGACAAGAAAAAGAUCGAGGAGUUAGCAGUGCAGUGUUUGAAUCGUGGAGUCGGUCCAGAUGGUAAUGGCACGGUAAUCGUGCGUGCUGGUGAAAAUGGCUGUUUCAUCAGUAACAGGAAUAUUUCGUCCACAUGGCUCGAUCCAUUCUAUUCAACGAAGCCAGGAGAGAAGCCGAAUGAGAAGAUUGUCGAUCCUACUGGAGCGGGAAAUGCGUUUCUGGGGUCGUAUGCCGUGGGGUAUUUGAAGACCGGGAGUGUCAUCAAGGCAGCCUGCUAUGGCUCAGUUGGUGCAUCAUUUGCGCUUGAGCAGGUGGGAGUGCCACUGUUGAGUGUUCAGGACAACGAGGAGUCAUGGAAUGGUGUCGAUGUUCUCUCGAGGUUGGAGGAGUACAUGGCCCGGCAGAAUUGCGGCCGUGAAGGGGUAAUCCGGGUCCUUUAA